AUGCUGUUUGACGCUGUCCAGAAUGGUGACUUAGAAAAAUUGGAGACGCUGCUGGACAGCGGUGCCGAUGUGAACAUUCGCGAGGAAAAGUUCUUCAAUACCGCCCUGCACAGGUCGAUUUUUGCCAAGGCAAAUCGGUUUGAGCUGAUUGAUUUGCUAAUCAACCGUGGAGCCGAUUGCAAUGCAUUGAACAAAAAAUAUCAAACUGCCUCCGAGUUGGCACUGGAGAAGAAGCAGGAUGAGCUGGCGAAGCACAUGAUCCUGCGGGAAACUGACCGCAUCGAUAAUCAUCUUGCAUAUUACCUGCUGAUUCGCCGGGGAAACCUUCAGUUGUUUGAGUUCCUCAUAUCGAUAAAGAGGCUCAAGUAUGAAGAUGAAAUCCAAAUCAUCGCCAGAGCGUAUGCGGAGCUCAAACUCAAAAACGUCCCGCUGAAGGAACACAUGGAAGCCUAUCUGAACGAGAUCCUAAUCAACCAUGACUAUUGGCUAAUUAACUCGGCUGCUGGAGGUCGUGGAAAACAGGGCAAAGAGCGAGCUCAAAACACGCACCGCAUUCGAGAAAUUGUGGAAAAUGUCCAACAAUUAUCUUCUACCUACUGUAACCAUAAUCUCAUGGAUGUGGAUAGCGUCUUUCUGCUGCGGCUGUCCUACAUUCUGGAGAACAUCUUUUUCAUUCGGAACCACUUCAAAGAGUUACCCCUGCAUCACGUUGAAUUCUGCAUCGGAAUAUUUCUGCACAUUUGGAAAAACCCUCCACAUUAUGACAUCUACAAGUUGUUGAUAGACAAACUUCAGCUGCUAGUCUAUCUGCGGGCUGUCGCCAGUGAGCUGAAGAAGGUCCUUACAUUGCGGUGCUAUUCUCCAUCAUUUGCAGCUGCCACUUCGUCAUCCAUCGGUUCCAGCAGUGCGCAUUCCCGAUUCCGGUGGUCAUCAGAGCUGAACCAGGAGUUGAUGUUCUGCUAUUAUGUGGUUACCCUGGGCGGACAGAACACGACCGGCUAUCGAGCUCGACUACACGAAGUUUGGUGCAGUCGAAAGCCAGCGUACGAUCAUCUGACAGCACAAAAUCUAUUCCAUCAACUGCAGCGAAUUCGGCGAGAACAUCUGCUGACGGAUGACGCAUGCCGUGGGCUUUGCUCGAAAGCUCGUGAGUAUGGUUUCGACUUUCACUGUUCUCGGAGUAGGCCACUAAAGGUGUCCGAUCGAAAUCGGAAAGUGUUCCGGAAGCUUGCUAAAAAUUACAGUAGAAUGAAGGAACUUCAUACGAUUAAUCGUGCGCUGAGCUAUGUCAACUCCGUUGUUGAUAUGAAGUUCAAUGCCGGUAGGGAAGUGGAUGUUUUAGCUAUGAAACGAGUCGUUCAGGUGCUGGAAGAAACCAUUAGAAAUAGUAAAGAUACCCCACAUAUUGGAAAAUAUUUCGUUAGCAUACUGAAUGUUCUAACUCCAAAAUAUCUUUUGGGAGACACAAAAAUUCGUCACUACUUGUCACAUUGCUAUGGGGAUUUCUCUUCAUUGCUAGAUGUCACAAGCGGGGAAAUUGACUACACAGAGUUGCACUGUAAUCUUAGGAUUUUAAGGAAUCUCUUAUUGUACGUUCGAAACUUGAACUACAUUUUAACCAUGAAGUCGCUAAUGAAUCGCUUAUAUAACUGUAAAUGUCUUGAAGAAAUUAAAUCCUACUAUGCGUACAUUCUUCGUCACAAUUCGAGUGACUUCGUGAAAGAUCUGGAAUUCGCACCGUUUCUUUUGCUAGAGAUUAAGUCCAUUCUGGACACAAUAGACGAAGAACAAAGUGUGUGGGGUUUAAAAGAUAGCGAUUAUGUGAAAGGGAUUAAAUCUCGUCUUCAUAAGGAGAUCGAUGGUUACAGAAACGUGCAUCAGCAAUUCUGCAAUACAAUUCUCGUAGCUGAUUGCGUUAUUUCAAAGAUCAAAUCAAACAAUAACUUUGAUAAAAUUCGCCAUCUUCUUCGGUCCCACCUGCGAACGGUAAAAUUUAAUCAUCAAGUCGACGAUUUGCUUCUCACUUAUUUGAAAUCAAACUUUCUAAGUUUUCUACACGAAAAUGUAAGCACGAUUAGUAACGAAAAAAUGCAAUCUAGGCUUACGCUUCUAGUCAGUAGAAUCCUGUAUGCCAUCGAUAAUCACUCCGUAAGCCAUCAAGUUUCCGAAUUUGAAUUCCCACUUCAAAUCAAUUGCACACUCCCCGAUCUAGACGACGAAUGGUCCAAAAAUCAGCUUUCUUCGGAUCCAGCUAACCCCCAAACGAUAAAACACCGAGCCAAACGAAACGAACUUGUCCGUCAGCAAGUUUCGGAGGAAAAAAUCCAUCAACUGCAGAGCCUAUUCCUGGAUGCAAACAUGAACAUUCGGGCAUUCGAUCGCAUCGAAGAGAUCGCCUUCGAAAUGGCAAUGCUGGAGGCAACUUGGGCCCUUUCGCCGAAGCUACUAAACAACGCCGAAAGCCUUCGGAACCAUGUUCCCGUGCUGACGGGAAGGAACCUGCGCAACUACCUGACCCACGGUAGCGUACUGUACGAAGUCCUUAUACCGAACAUCGGUCCGAAAACGAUAGUUCAAAAUGCACUUAGUAUAAUUAAACUUUCCAAGAAUAUUAUCACAGAAAUUUACGAACGGCGAAGUUGGAGCUUCGCCGAGCGGCUCGGUUGUGUGCGCCAGCAGGCGGACGUUUUGGAUGGGUUUCGUUUUCAAAGUUGCGAUGAAAUACGCGACACCGUCAGGAAGAGUCAGUACCUGAUCGGGCGGGAUCAUCUGAACCGGGGAAUGCUUGAUCAGCUGGUGCGAACACAGAGUUGCCUGCUGUUGGGUCACUUGCUUGAUCUGGAAAACACCGAUGAGCUGUUGAAAAUCCUAUCCUACUUGAUGGAGGAUCUCGAGGUAGCUUCGGGUAGUGUAAAAUUUCAUGAACUUCUCACGGAUGGCAGUUUGAGGGUACGUUUCUGCAUGGAACUGGCUCUGCUAAGCGAUGAAGAGGAUGUCGUACUGAAAAUGGUUUCCGAUUUCGGAUUGGAUCAGAUUGAUUCAAGUUCGAUGAUCUUUGGUUUUGAUCAACUGUUCACCAGUUUCCUGGAAAAUCGUCCCGAUUAUGAUGUCAAUUCGGAUGGCAAUGCCGAAAUUCUGCACUACGCUGUUAUGUCGGGAAAUGUGGAGCUGCUGAAUUUACUGCUCGACCAAUGCAAUGACCUCAAUCAACGGGACGUCUACAAUCUUACCCCGCUGGAGGUUGCCUGCAAGCUGAGUAACCUGGAGAUGAUCAAAACCUUAACCAACGCCGGAGCAAGAUGGUUCACAAGUGAUCUCAGCCAAUAUAGGUGGCUUUUCCUGAACAAUGAUCAUGAAGCAAUUAUUUUUCUCAAAAAUAAUGAUCUACUGAGCGAGAAAAUAACAAAGAGUUGCAUCAAUCUCUUUCUGCAGUACUGCGACGAUGACAGGGAUGAAAUUGUUGAGUUCAUGCUGAAUUGUGUGGAUUACUCCGAAUUCUAUCCGGUAGCCGCUGGCUUCAGGCGAGUGCAGGUAUUGAAUUCCCUAGUCGCAAACGAUCCCAACGCGAUGGUCAACGUCAAUCAAAAAGAUUGCUACGGUUUCACGGCUCUUCACAUUUCCAGCCGAAAAGGUUACCAGGACGUUGUUCAACUCCUGCUAGCCAACCAUGGGAAUCCCAACUCGUUGGAUGCAGCCGGGAAUACACCUCUGCAUUUGGCCGUUGAAAUUUGUGAUGUAAAGAUGAUUAGAUUGUUACUAAAAUAUGGCGCAAAAAUUGAAGUAGCAAAUCAAUUGGGAAAAACACCUCUAGAUUUGGCCCUCGUAAGGGGAAACUUGCGAAUAGUUAGAUUAUUACUGAAACGUGCUCAGCCGGAUCAGAUUGUUCUGUUGCCGGAAACGAUACACUCCUUGGAAAUUCUAUAUUUGCUUAAAAAUUCCAAUGUACAGUACAAAAUGGAUCGCACUGCAGAAAAUCUAUACUGCGAUUCACUAACGCCUCUACACUGCACUAAAAACGAACAAAGAAUACCCUCUUUACUGCGGUUCAUUGAAGUGGACAUUCAAACUCCAAGAUUCAUGAAUACUCCUCUACACUCGGCUUGUUUAGCUAACUCCUUACAAACGGUUCGCAUUUUGCUAAAACACGGAGCUAAUCCCAAUCUCUACAACUCCAACAAUCUUUCUCCGCUGCAUCUGGCUGUAAUGAAUCAACAUUUGAGAAUUGCCGAAACUCUAGUAUCGUGUGCCAGACCACCUUCGGUAGAACUUCUAAAUUCAGUCCUAAUGAUUGCCGUUGGCAAAGCAAAUCUUCCGUUGAUGAACUUAUUGUUGGAAAGUGGAGCGGACAUCUCCCUACUGCGACCGUUAGUGAAACAACCUCACAAAAAUUUACUGCAUUCGGCGGCACGAGCAGGCUUCCUUCGUAUUCUACAAUACCUCCUACAGGAAGGCAUCUGCGAUGCCAACGACGAAGAUCCAACCGGAUCGACUCCAAUUUUCGAAGCCAUAAUUGGUGCGAACAUGACAGUUAUUGAAAAUCUACUCCAAUUCGGAGCAGACGUAAGCCACUCAAACAAGCAAGGUCAGAAUGUAAUCUCAACAGCGACGCUGUUCGAUCAUCUCGACAUCGUAAAGUACUUCGUCAACAACUUCCCAAACAUCACCGGUUACAUUCUAUCCCCGCAAGCGGGUCAAAACACCUCCCUCCACAUAGCCACCCUAAAGGAAUCCGAACCGAUGGUGAGCUAUUUCAUCAAACUGCACCAAGACAACGGCUUCCAUCUGAACGGCCAAAACCAGGAAGGAUUCACGGCCAUUCACAUCUGCGCACAAACGGGAAACGAGCAAAUUUUCUGGCUUUUACUGAAACACGGAGCAGACCCGACCAUCCCGCUGACCAACGGUCAGUCCAUCCUGCAUACCGCCGCCUCGAAUAACCACCUAAACAUCGUACGAACCUGCCUGACUCGGUCGCUCAUUGACGUGAACACCGUGGACUGUAACCAGCGCUCGAUUCUGCACUAUGCGGUUUUCUCGAAAAACCCAGCGCUGAUCCGGGAGAUCCUUCGGAUCCGCGAGCUGCAAACCAAUCGUCCCGAUUGCAACGGGGAUACCGCGCUGCAUUUGGCAGCCGAAAAUCAGUACAUUGACAUCUUCAAUCUGCUGCAGAAGCGGGUCGAUAAUGAGUUCCGGAAUCACAAUCGGAAACGGGCCAUCGAUGUUCUGCUGCGAAAGUAG